CCGUUACUUCUCUGUUAAACUCGAAAAGAACCAAACUUUAAUCCUCUCUUUCUUCUUCAGCUUACAAUGGAGUGGCCAUGGUCAGCCAUCGCUGCUUCUUCUUCUCCUUAUUCUUCUAGAUGCUUUUUUACAUCUCCCAACUCUUGCUUGUCUCUUACUAGACGAGCAAAUUUGAACUCUUCGAUUAAACCUUUGCGACACAUCAGAUUCGACUCGAAGCAUCAUAAUCUGAUCGCCAAACGUCGAUUCCAUGGAGACUCCAUCGUCCAGAGAAGCACCACAAGCAACAAAAACGCAGAGGAGACUGAGUCCUCUUUAGAUUGCGUGGGAAUGGGAUCAGACGUGGAGUGCGUCUAUACCGGAGGAGAAGAAGACGAGGAGGAGGAGAACCGGAGCUCCGGGAUCUUGAGCGGAGGAGACGGGUCUUUGCUCGAAUGGACGGUUCUGAUCUCGCCAUUCUUUUUCUGGGGAACGGCGAUGGUGGCGAUGAAGGAAGUGUUGCCGAUAACCGGUCCUUUUUUUGUCGCUGCGUUCCGGUUAAUUCCGGCCGGUUUGCUGCUGGUUGCGUUUGCGGUUUACAGAGGGAGGCCUUUGCCUAAGGGGUUCGAUGCUUGGCUCUCUAUUGCCCUCUUUGCUAUUGUGGACGCUACUUGCUUCCAGGGCUUUCUUGCUCAAGGAUUACAGAGGACUUCUGCUGGUUUAGGAAGUGUUAUAAUUGAUUCGCAGCCACUGACGGUAGCUGUAUUAGCAUCUUUCUUAUUUGGUGAGUCCAUUGGAAUAAUGAGAGCUGGGGGUUUGGUUCUUGGUAUUGCUGGACUUUUGCUUCUUGAGGUUCCAUCAGUUACCUCAGAUGGUAAUAGCUUUUCUUUGUGGGGAAGUGGAGAGUGGUGGAUGCUUCUUGCAGCUCAGAGUAUGGCUAUUGGUACCGUGAUGGUUCGAUGGGUCUCUAAAUACUCGGAUCCUAUUAUGGCAACAGGCUGGCAUAUGGUUAUCGGCGGCCUUCCUCUUCUUGCAAUAUCAGUUAUAAACAAUGACCCGGUUUUUAACGGCAGUCUUCAAGCGCUAUCCACAAAUGAUAUCAUAGCACUUCUCUACACAUCUAUAUUUGGCAGUGCGGUUAGCUACGGUGUUUACUUCUACAGCGCUACUAAAGGAAGCCUGACUAAACUCAGCUCACUCACCUUCUUAACACCAAUGUUUGCUUCAAUCUUUGGGUAUCUGUACCUUGAUGAGACUUUCUCCUCGUUGCAACUGGUCGGAGCAGCCGUCACUUUGGUCGCUAUAUACUUGGUCAACUUUCCAGAAGGCAACGACUGAUACACUCUCAAGUUUUCAAAGCUUCUUAUGAAUGUUAAAACAUCAUUACGUUCGAUUACAUUUUUAUAUAUAGUUAAGUGAACAAUCAUUAGUCCAGUAAACACCUUAAAUUAAGGUUUCAUCAUA